AAAGAAAAAAAGGUGAUCGGAGAUUUUGGCUUAUUCUCAGAUUUGGGAGAAAUGGCGGCAGAAGAGGGUCAAGUGAUUGGUUGUCACACGAACGAUGUAUGGACUGUGCAACUUGAUAAAGCCAAAGAAUCCAACAAGCUGAUUGUGAUUGAUUUCACUGCUUCAUGGUGUCCACCAUGCCGCAUGAUUGCUCCAAUUUUCAACGAUUUGGCCAAGAAGUUCAUGUCAAGUGCCAUCUUCUUCAAGGUGGAUGUUGAUGAACUUCAGAGUGUUGCUAAAGAGUUUGGUGUGGAGGCAAUGCCAACCUUUGUGUUCAUUAAAGCCGGCGAAGUUGUGGAUAAGCUCGUUGGUGCGAAUAAAGAAGAUCUUCAGGCGAAAAUAGUGAAGCAUACUGGUGUUACAACUGCGUAAAUCAGUUUGAGGCAUAAAUAAUAAGGUCUAAUUUGUUUAUCUUAAACUAGCUAGACAUAACGGGAAUAGUGCAGAUUGGAGAUGAAGUAGAAGUUAUUGAUCUCUGACUGUCAUAAAACCAUGCUUUUUUUAUAUGGUCUUUGGCUUUUGCCUAAUUCAUAUGUUUAGGUGUUCUUUCUAUACCUCCAUAGACCACCACUCAGUCGAAUUUUCAGAUCAGUGAAAUAGACUCUUGUGAAUGAAUUGUUCCAUGCAUAUCAUAAUUUGAAUAUCUGAAAUCUGAGGCCUUGCAAAGGUGUAAAAUAAUUUUGUGCGA